AUGAAGUGGCGCGCACCUGUGUGCCUAUUCAUACUUGCUGGAUGGAACCCAAAAGGAAAAGAAGAUGAAGUUGUAUGCAAGGUGUGCAUGCAGACAUUCAUGUGCACCACAUCGGAGGUGAAGUGCAAGGAACAUGCUGAAGCAAAACAUCCCAAAGCCGAUCUCUAUGCAUGCUUUCCUCAUCUCCAGAAAUGA